GUACAAAACAUGUGAAGUGUAAAGUGUAUGGGAGAAUCUCAUCCAUUGAUCUCUCAAAAUUAGACGGUGACAUUUUUGUAAAUAUGAGGUUCAAACAAUUAAAAAAACAAAUAGAGAAAGAGUAUUUGUUUUAUUAUACAGAACCAAAGCCCCAUAUUUAUUUCAACUUACAAAAUUCUUAUAUUCCUAGAUCAGAAAUUUGUUUUAGUUAUUUUUAUGAGGGUAAAGAUCAAAUAGGAAGUUAAUUUUCGCUAGGAAGGAUAGGAAGCAAUCUCAGCCGUUCAUCAUCUAUUUUUAAAUUUUUGGACGCGUGGGCUUUUUCGUCUUUUUACAUUAUCAUAUCUUCGUUCUAAUUUAUAGAUUCUGUUACUUCUUUUCUUAGUUCAUCACUCUCAUAACAGAAUUGAAGAUUCCAUAUCCCUAAAUCGCCAUCGAUCGCAAAUUCAACUCUUUUCAAACAUUAAUCUUCUUUCGUUUGUCAAUUCGAUAACUUCAAUGUCUUCGUCCGACUCUGCUGAUAACAUUUCCAAGUGGGAGGAACGUGUAUGCAUAAACAGUGGAAGAAAGUUUUUCAAACCUAAAGUCAGUGGAUCUCUUACACCCGCUGUUGGAAUGCUUUUUAAGUCAUUUGAUGAGGCAUUUGCAUUUUAUCAGAGAUAUGCACUUGCUGCAGGUUUUUCUGCAAGAAAAAAUACCUCUUGGAAAAAUGUUGGUGGUUUAGUAAAAAUAAGAUAUAUUGUCUGUUCAAAAGAAGGAUUUCAUGUUUCCAAAGCAAUAGAUUCUGGUUCAGUUGAGAAUAGUAAAAAGAUUGUUAGACGUAAUAGAGGUUCAAAAAGAGUUGGAUGCAAUGCUCAUGUGAAACUAUUAUUAGAGGACAAUAAUAUGUUUAAAAUCUACUUCUUUGAAGAAGAACAUAAUCAUAUCUUUGUUGAAGAUGAAGAUAUUCAUUUCUUGCCGGCUGCCAGAAGUAUCGAUUAUGUGAAAGAAAGUUUUAUAUCUGGAUUGUCUGCAAUCAAUAUUGGACCUGUUAAAGCAUUCAAUAUUAUGAAAACAAUCUAUGGUGGUUUUGGUGAAGUUGGAGCUAGUAAAGUUGAUUGUAAGAAUUAUAGAAGGGAUUUGAAUCUUUACAUCGGAGAGUAUGAUGCAGAAAUGGUAGUUAGGCGCCUUAUUAGGAAGAAAGAAUGUUGUCCUGGUUUCACAUGUGAUUAUGUUAUUGGUGAAGAUAGAAGAUUGAGAGGGCUUUUCUGGGCUGAUGAGCAAUCAAAAAAAAAAUAUACAGUGUUUGGUGACAUAUUUGGUUUUGAUGCUACUUAUAAAUCAAACAAGUAUGAUUUGGUUUUUGUACCAUUUACUGGUAUUGAUAAUCAUUUUAGGAAUGUCACAUUUGGUGGUGCAUUACUUGGUUCGGAGACUGCAGAUUCGUAUAGAUGGCUUUUAAGAUGCUUUGUUAAUGCUUUUGGAAGUGAGCCUAAAGUUGUUGUUACUGAUCAAGAUGCUGCAAUGAAGAGAGCUAUUAAGGAUGUACUUCCAAGAAGUAGGCGUAGGUUAUGUAUGUGGCAUAUAUGGGAGAAAUUAAAGACAAAGGUUGGUCCUGUUUUGUCAGCAAACACUGAUUUUAAUACAAGAAUGACUCAUGUUGUUUGGAAUGAUACUAUUAUUCCAGAAGAUUUUGAAACUGAGUGGCAUUCAAUAAUGUCUACUUUUGGAUUGGAAAAUCAUGAGUGGUUAAAAGACAUGUACGAUCUUCGAUUUGAUUGGAUUCCUGCUUAUUACCAUGGAGAGGAUUUGGCUGGGCUUAUGCGUACUACGUCAAGAUGUGAAAGCGAGAAUUACUUCUUUGGUUAGAUUUGCAAUCCAAGAUGUACACUUGUUGAAUUUUUCACUCAUUUUGAGACUGCAAUGGAUAUUCAAAGGCAUGAGCAUAGGAGGAAUGAUCAUGAUACAAGGUAUAUUGAGUGUAAACCGUGGAGUGACUUUGUAUUGGAGAAACAAGCAUCAGAAAUAUACACCCAAACAAUUUUUAAGGAUAUUCAAAUUGAAAUUGAUGCUGCUAUUACAAAGUGUAUGUCAAAGUCUGUUGAUACUGUGGGUGAUGUUCAAUAUUUUGAAAUAAAGGAUUUCAGACAGCCAUGCACAUC